AUGUCAUCAGACGAAGAGCUCAGUCUGGCCGUCGUUGGCGGUGGUAUUGGUGGGCUCUGCCUCGCUCUGUACAUCACUACUCAUACGAAGAUCCCGGUCACUGUGUAUGAGAAUGCUCCGAAGUUCGGCGAGAUAGGAGCCGGUGUCGCCUUCGGACCAAAUGCAGUACGAGCAAUUACGAAUAUAUCGGAGCCACUGGCGGCUGCGGUCGAAGCUCGGGCGAACAGAAACAUUUUCGCAGACAAGGAAAACGUCUGGUUCGACUUCAGAGUCGGGAUGGACAGCGCUCAUGAGAUCGCCAGAUCCCGUGGUGUAGUUGCCGGGACGUACCUCUGCUCUGUGGAGCAUCCCCGACCAGGAAGUUGGAUGUUCAGCAAGACCUUACACGAUAUAGACGACCUCGGUGACGAUGGUGUUGUUUUGAAGUUUGGGGAUGGAACAUCGGCGAGGCAUAGUGCCGUCAUCGGAUGCGACGGGAUCAAGAGUCAAACACGACGCAUCAUGCUUGGAGAAAAUCAUCCCGCCACCAAUCCCUCCUAUACCGGUAAAUACUGCUACAGGGGAAUGGUCCCGAUGGACAAAGCUGUGGAGCUCCUAGGCGAGGAGAAGGCGAAGAACUGCCAAGCAUAUCUGGGAUAUCACGGCCACAUGCUUACAUUCCCCGUUGCUGGCGGUAGAAUGAUGAACGUGGUCGCCUUUCAGUCAUCAAAAGAAUGGCCCCACAAGACGAUGGUUAUUCCGGCAACCAAAGAACAGAUGCUGCAGAGCUUCAGCACAUGGGGUCCGGAUGUACUCAAUAUUGUUCGGCUCAUGGGCCAAUCGGAUAUCUGGGCGCUCUUCGAUCUUUCGCCCAUGGAGAAUUACCACAGGGGCAGAAUUUGUCUGCUCGGAGACGCCGCGCACGCUUCAACACCUUUCCAAGGAGCCGGCGCGGGUAUGGCCGUGGAGGAUGCCUAUGUUCUCGGAAGGCUCCUCCACAAUGUCCAGCAAGCACAGGAUCUGCCUGGCGUUUUCAAAUCAUUUAGUCAAGCUCGAGUUCAUCGGACGCAAAAGCUUGUUGCUACAAGCAGAGAAGCUGGUCACUUGUGGCACUUUGAAGCUGAGGGGGACGACCUUGACAAGAUCAAGGAUAUCAUGAGAAACAGGAUGAGUUGGAUUUGGGACAAGGACCUUGAUGAUGACAUUGCACAGGUGACUAAGAAUCCCAGAACAGGAGAUAUUUGA